AUGAUUUUUAAGGUAUUAUUUUUUAUAUUCACUUUAAUUUCUUUUGUGUUGGGUGAUGUUGAACCAUAUAGGCCAGUGAAAAAUUCUGUAUUCACUCCAAACAAUGGUAUAGUCUCGAUUGAAAUCGAUUGGAUUGACAACAAUGCAUAUCCAUCCAUGUCAAAAUUCUCAUAUUUUUCAUUCGUUCUAGAGACAGGUCCUAAUACUAACAUUCAUCCUGUCGCAACUUUAGAUUCUGAAAUUCGUUUAGAAGAUAUAGAUCUUUCAUCUUCCGGUACGUAUAGUUACACUGUGUCAUUCCCUAGUUCCCGAACUGGUGAUGGUCAAUAUUAUAUUCAAAUUUAUGGUUUUGUUGAAGGGGAAGGUUCCACAAUUCAUUACACUCCAAGAUUCACUCUUGCAUCAAUGACUGGCUCCACGUCUUACACGUACACAGAUUCCACACAACCAGUUCCACAAACUUCUAUUGUCACUUCAACAAGUACGAAUAGUAUUAAUUCUGCAUCUUUUUCAAUACCAUACUAUUCACAAUCCGGUGUGUCUAGAUUCGCUCCAAUGCAAACUCCACCAGUUUCUACCGUAACUGCAACAACAUGGACAAGAAGAUUUCCAACUAGUGGAGUCACCUAUUAUACUUCAUUGAGUACAAAGGUUGUGCAACAAACUACAAUCACUGCAGGUUGGUCUGGUUCAGUCACUAGUGACGUUAACUACGCCACAAGAGCAGCUAUGCCUUCUGAUAAUGGUAGCUGGUAUAAUCCAUCUCAAAGAAUAUCGUUAACUCCAAGAAAAGUAAACUAUAGAAAAAUUUAA